CAUAAUGUGACGCUGCAUUGAGGUGAAAGUCAUGCUGGGAUAGUUGUCAUGGCGUGAUGUUUUGAAGUGGAUGUUAGCGCUUAGCAGUGAGGAUGCAGAGACCGGUGUCCAGUCUGUCUCUGAGUCCCAGUGUGAAGGUUAAAUUGGUCAGCGCUGGUUUCCAGUUCACCGCAGACCUGCUGCACCUCAAACCGCCGCAACUCAGCAAAGAGGCCUGUUUGUCUCAGCAGGAGGCACUGGAGGUGCUGCAGGCAGUGGGGAGGGAGGGACCAGGUAAUGAAGGAGGGGGAGGGUCAGCCUCUCUGACAGCUCUGGAGCUCCUGCAGAAGGAGGAGGAGCUGAGGAGCAUCGUGACCUUCUCCUCUCAGCUGGAUGCUGCUCUCGGAGGAGGACUUCCUGUCGGGAAAACCACAGAAAUCUGUGGAGCUCCAGGAGUUGGAAAAACACAACUGUGCCUGCAGCUGGCGGUGGACGUUCAGGUUCCUCCAUGUUUCGGGGGCAUCGGAGGUCAGGUGGUCUACAUCGACACUGAGGGCAGCUUCCUGCUUCAGAGAGUUGUCGACAUCGCCACCGCCGCCAUCCGACACUGUUCCUUAUUGGCCGAGGAUGAACAGCAACAAGUCGCCAUGGAAACCUUCACAGUGGAAACCAUCCUGUCCAACGUGUUCCUGGUGCGUUGUGAUGACUAUAUGGAGCUGUUGGCCGAACUCCACCUGCUGCCUGACUUCCUGUCAUCCCACCCAAGGGUCCGCCUCCUGGUGGUUGACAGUGUGGCGUUUCCGUUUCGGCGGUGCUUUGACGAGCUGUCACAGAGGACACGCCUCCUCAGUGGCCUCGCCCAGCAGCUCAUUUCCUUGGCAAACAGCCACCAAAUUGCCGUGGUGAUAACCAACCACAUGACCACCCGGCUACGGGGCAGCCAAUCGCAGCUGGUCCCUGCCCUCGGAGACAGUUGGGGCCACGCCCCCACCAUCAGGCUCCUCCUGUACUGGGCAGGGUCACAGCGACUGGCUGCCAUCUUUAAAUCUCCAAGUCACAUGGACUCCACCCUACAAUACCAGAUCACCUCUGAGGGAUUCAGGGACAGAGACCAUUCAGAGCAGCUCCAGAGGAAAAGGCCCCGGACACAUACCGACCAAUCAGCUGACAACCAGAGGGACACCAGCUGCUGAUUGGUCAAAGACUGUCAGCCACUCAGAGGCUGUGCAGAGUUUUUAUGCUCCUGAUUCAGUAUUUAUUUUAUCUUCAGUGAAGUUUAAAACAACAAGUGUUAAUGUUAGAUUCAGUUUAUUAACCUUCAGUUGAUUCAGGGAGUCUGAUGUUGUCCACAGUCAGAGCUCAGACCUCCACAGCUGGACUGCUGACUGAGGACAGACCACCAAUGGGCCACUGACUGACACUAAUUUUUGUUCGAACCGACUGAAACGAUCUCUUCAUCACAGCGGGGUUGACCAAGUCCAGAAUAUGAGAUGAUGAAAUGUUAUUUCUAUUAGUGUGACUCACUGAUCCUGGAGCUGUUUAUGAUGCUUAUUUUACCUUUUCUCUCAGCAGCACCAGGUGUUCAGGUGGAUGCAUGUACUGUGCACUUGUUGUCACAAUAAAUAAAUCUAUAAAAAAAACUCUGUGUUUAUCCCAUCAUGCACUGCAA